AUGCUGUCAAGAUAUUCGGCAGCACGGGCGAGCCGACCAUCUCCCCAGGGUCUCUUGCGCACGAUCGCAUAUACCUGGCCGCAGCAGUUCCGCCCCGAAACUGCUAGCUUCAUCGCUCGACAACACACAGGCACCUUCACGCCCAAGAACUUAUCAUCUAGCUCGUCCGUGGGACUUCGUCAUCAAAUUGACACUGGUAUUAGUACUGGAAAAUGGGAAGUGGGGAGACGACAUUCUUCUACUGCGACAUCUGCGGAUGCAGACGCAGGUCCUAAUACCAAAGCAAAUAAGGACGCUAUCUAUGCUCUGAUCGACGAGAUAAAUGAAAAUGAAAUGGAAAUCGCUAAACUUAUGGAUGAUCUAGACUUAAUAGAUGAACAUUCUGGAGCACUCAAUAUCUACGGACCUGAAUUAGACCAUGCGUUUAGCCAGACAAUCGGCCACCGAGAUGCAGAGACUUUGGAAGCGCGCGUGCGAGCAGCAAGGCUACAUUUUGGAGAGACUCUUCCCGAGGAUUACCUGAACGAAACCGAGACCCGAUUGUACACCCAGCUAUACGGCGAGCCAAUUAUUCAACAAGAACAUACAGCGCUUGAAAUCGAGGGAAAUGAGAAGGAUUCCGACAGACUGUUCCGUGAAGAUGGCAAUGGAGGAUGGGAGGAAAUUGAUUUUGCGCCGGCGAAUACCGAGGCCGAACCUCCGCUUGUAUAUGACAUGGAACUUGGCCCACCAGUGGACGAAACUGCCGCUAUGCAACGAACAAGGGAGGUUGCCGAGCAGCUUGGUGGGGAGAUCAUGCUGGAACAGUUUGAGGAGGACGCAGUUCAGGACGACACACCGCGACUACACCCUCGAACAGUGGAAGGGAAAUUCUCGACCGACCCCAGCACCAUAUUCUUGCCUAAGGAUACCGUGACUGGUCCCAUUUCUAUAAUUCUGUCAGAUUUCUCGAAUAAGCACAUCUCAGAGACUGCUCGUCGUACAUUUGGCGGUCCACGACUUCCCCUCUCUACCGUUACUCCACCUUUGCGCGCCCAUGUGCCCCAAGUUCCGAUUCCACUGGAAGCCUCGCAGCGGUUCAUGACGGAGAUGGAAGCUAAUGCAUAUAUCGCCGCCCUGUAUCCUGGAAUGUAUGCCUCCAUCCUCAGUGUUUUAACGGAAAUUCGAAAGCGCUUGGGCUCGGACUGGAUUCGCAACCUGAUGUCGAAAGAAGGCGGUCCCCAUAUUCUUGACGCCAGUGCUGGUGGUGCUGGCGUUAUGGCAUGGAGGGACGUCCUUCGCGCAGAAUGGGAGGCUAUGGUUCCAGAUCACCCUCAGACGAGUCCUUACCCUAUGGGCAGAUCGACAGUGGUUACAGGAUCUGAGACGCUUCAACUCCGAGCGAGUGCGAUGCUUGAAAACACUUCGUUCCUACCACGACUCCCUGACUAUGUUCAUGUACGCGAAAAGCCAACACUAGAUGAUUCGAGGGCUCCUCAGAAACGGAAACAAUAUGACAUCAUUGUCGCUCCGCAUUCUUUGUUGGGCAUCGAAGAGGAUUACCUGCGUAAAGAACACGUCGAGAAUUUGUGGACCCUUCUUAACCCUAAUGGAGGCGUUCUUAUCCUUCUGGAAAAGGGACAUCAGAAGGGAUUCGAAGCAAUUGCUGGAGCCCGCGAUAUGUUGCUCAAGCGCCAUAUCUCGAGCCCUGGUUCUACACUGUACGAAGACUUUAUUGAUUCUCCGGGUGAAAAUACGCAUGUUGAGAAAGAAACCGGAAUGAUUAUUGCUCCCUGCACCAAUCAUGGGAAAUGUCCCAUGUACCAUAACGACGGCCAUUCCAAGGGGCGCAGAGAUUACUGUCACUUCGAGCAAAGAUACAUCCGACCGCAAUUCCUGCAACGAAUUGUGGGAGCUAAAGACCGGAAUCACGAAGAUGUCAAGUUUAGCUAUGUCGCCGUACAGCGUGGGGUGGACCUACGUCAGAAGAAUGGUAUUGUGCAAGAUCCCUCAGCUACUGAGGCUGCCUUCACUGGCUAUGAAAACAUAGAUGACAUGGCCGCCGAACCACAAGCAUCUGAAGCGACACCAGUUGCACAAAAUGAAGCUGCCAAUGAAAGCCAGGCUUUCCACACGCUAUCUCUCCCUCGAAUUAUCUAUCCUCCCAUUAAACGGCGUGGACACGUCUUGUUUGACGCCUGCACACCAGCAGGGAACCUUGAGCGCUGGACCGUUCCACGCUCCUUUAGCCGUCGAGCGUAUAAAGAUGCGCGCAAGGCACGCUGGGGAGACCUGUGGGCGUUGGGUGCAAAGACCCGCAUCUCAAGAAACUUAAGGCUUGGUGACAAACACGGAGAAGGAAAGAAAGAACGGCUGGAAAGACGUGCUUUGGCCAGGGCAAAGCUAAAUGACCAUGAUGAAGAUCCUCAUGACCAGCCAAUAGAUGAUGUUGAUGCCGCAUCCGACUGGCCGGAUCUGUCACUCCCACCAAAAAAAAAGGGUCAAAACAUCCCUAGCUGGAAGAAAUAUGCAGACAAAAAGAAAAUCAGGCAAGCUUCAAAACAGCAUGCUGCUAAGAAAAUGGCGCAGGAUGAUCUUUUGGAUUAA